UUUGUGUGAAAAUUUUUUUUCUGAAAAAAUUGCAAUUUGUUUAAAUUUCGAGACGAUUAAAUUUGGGUCGGCGAACGCAAAAUUCGAUUCAAGUUGUGGCUUCAAGGAGCCGUGAAAGUAGCCAAGACAUUACACAUUGCAAUGAAAAUAAUCGUCUACGCACAGCAAGGUCCCGUUCAAAUCAACGGAACAAUGAUGCAACAACAACUGCAAAUGAACGUCGUGAUAUUCAAAAUCUACAAGGUAUUGCGUUCGCGUACAGUAGUGUCACCAAUUACGCUUCUCAUAGGCAAAUUAUAAUUGGUCCAAUGAACGACCGUUGUCGCCAUUGUAAGGCAUUAAAAUUUAAAGGUGAAGCAGAUGGGAUGUGCUGUGCGAGUGGUAAAGUGAAAUUGCCUGAAUUGGGCAGCCCACCACAACUAUUGAGCACAUUACUUAAUGGAUUGAAACCUGAGUCUAAUCAUUUAUUGAAGAAUAUACGAAAGUAUAAGUCCAGUUUUCAAAUGACAUCUUUUGGCGCCACAAAUAUUAUAAGAGACAACUUGCUAGCGUUCAAGGCAAUUAAAUAGUUUUAUUUAUGCAAAUUGUACGUUUGUUCUCAUUCUAUCAUAUAUUUUAUUCAGAUUCCAGGUCAAAUAUCGAGCUGGCUCUUUGUUACCUUUCGACAACGCAGACCACCAAUUUUUGCAAUUAUAUUUUAUCGGGAACGCGGAAGACGAAGCUGAUCGUCGGUGUGCCAUUAUUACCAACACGCGGAGACAAAUUAUUUUCGAUUUGCAAAAUAUGUUCCAUGAGCACAACGAAUUGGUUCAGGUUUUCAAAACAUCACUUGAUCGAAUGCCAUCUGACGAUCAUAAAAUUGUUAUUCGAGCUGAUAAAAUACCGGUUGGCGAACAUGCAAGGCGUUUCAAUGCACAAACAGUUGAAGUGGCAAUAGUCAUAGUUGGUGAGCAAUGUAAUAAUCGUGAUAUUGUGCUUCAUCGUAGAAAUGAACAACUUGAACGUGUAUCCGAGACUCAUCGCUGUUAUGAUGCACUACAAUAUCCCAUAUUGUUUUGGGAUUGUUUUGUUUUGUUUAAUUUCAACAUUAAAAUGAUAAAUCCAGUAAACGGUCGAGAAGGAAAGUUAGUGCUAUGGAUUAUUACGCAUACAGGCUGCAGAUACGGCAAAAUCAAGACAACCACAUAUUGAGGUGUAGAGCACUUUGCCACCAGUAUAUUGUUGACAUGUAUGCAAAAAUUGAAUCGAAACGAUGGUAAUGCACAACACGUUGGAACUAUGAUAAUAUUACCGUCAUCGUAUGUUGGAAGUCCACGUCAAAUGUUUGAGUACGCGCAAGAUGCGAUGUCAUACGUUCGCCGUUACGGUCGACCAGAGCUCUUCAUCACCUUCACGUGUAAUGCGCAAUGGGAAUCUCGGAAUUAUUGUUUGUUGGCCAAACAUCGAAAGAUCGCCAUGAUAUUUUAGCACGUGUUUUUAGACAAAAAUUGAAAUCACUCAUGGAUUUAAUUGUCAAACACGGUGCAUUUGGGUCUGUUCAAUGUUGGAUGUAUUCAAUUGAAUGGCAGAAACGAGGUUUGCCUCAUGCGCAUAUUUUAAUUUGGCUGAUUGAAAAAAUAAGGCCGAAUCAAAUUGACGAUGUGAUUUCGGCAGAAAUUCCAGAUCCGACAGUGGAUCCUGAAUUUUUUGAAGUGGUCACCAAAAAUAUGAUUUACGGUCCCUGUAUGGUUGAAGGAAAAUGCUCCAAACGUUUUCCAAAAAAUUUGGUGUCCGAUACAGUGACGGGCAACGAUGGAUAUCCCGAAUAUCGGCGUCGAUCAACUGAAGAUAAUGGCCAUUCGGUAACUUUGAAAAUUAAAAAUCAAGAAUUGGAGAUUGAUAAUCGUUGGGUUGUGCCAUAUUCACAGUUAUUAUCUAAGAUUUAUAAAGCGCACAUAAACGUAGAGGUCUGCAAUUCAGUUCAAUCUAUUAAAUACAUUUGCAAAUACAUUAACAAGGGCAGUGAUAUGGCUGUUUUUGGAGCAGCUGCUAAUGUUACCGAUGAAAUCACUCAAUUUCAAAUGGGCAGAUACAUCAGUUCAAAUGAAGCAGUAUGGCGCAUAUUAUCAUUCCCGAUCCAUGAUAGGCAUCCAACUGUAGUUCAUUUAGCUGUUCAUCUUGAAAACGGUCAACGCGUUUUUUUCACACCCGGAAAUGCAAUGCGAAGAGCUGCGCAACCACCAGCAAUAACUCUAACUGCAUUUUUUUCGUUGUGUCAAGCAGAUGAUUUUGCGAAAACAUUGCUAUACACCAAAGUACCCGAAUAUUAUACGUGGAAUAAUUCGUCAAAAGUUUUUCAAAGGCGAAGACGCGGAAAAAGCCGUUCAUGGUCAGCCAGUAUUGUUUCACUCAAAUGCGAUGGGACGAAUUUAUACAGUUCAUCCUAACAAUCAAGAGUGUUAUUAUUUGCAAUUGUUGCUAAUAAAUGUUCGUGGACCAACAUCAUUUGAAUCUUUGCGAACUGUUGAUGAAGAAUUGUGUGGGAUGUAUCGCGAAGCAUGCGAACGAUUGAAUAUGCUUGAGAAUGACAUGCAUUGGGAUCUUACACUUGAAUAUGCAGCAUUGUCAUCAAGUCCACAUCAAAUUCGGACACUUUUCGCAAUUAUUAUAGCCACGUGCAGUCCAGCAAAGCCAAUUGAAUUGGGGCAAAAACAUCAAAAUCAUUUGUCGGAGGAUUUUUUACAUCGAUUGCGCCGUCAAACGGGUGAUAUAAACACGGACUAUCCGCCGGAAAUUUACAACGAAGCAUUGAUUGCUAUUGAAGACCUUUGCUUGAUGAUGGCAAGCAAAGCAUUAGCUCAAUUAGGUAUGACAGCACCUGAUCGCGUUCCUUUGUUGCCCAUUGGGAAGGUUUGGUUAACGAA